AAUACUGGGGUAAAGAAGGGGUGUAUUAUGAGAGGCAGCGACCAUGAGGAGGGUGUGAGGGAGGUGUUGAGGCGGGCAGGUGGGGCCCAGCUCCUCACUCUCCUCCUCGCCUUCACUCCAGUAACAUCGUCUGGCUCAAGAUGCUGUAUUCUACGUUAACCGUGGUCUUCUACGUGGCUGGUGUGACCUGCCAAUAUCUACCCUUGCAGGCUCCAGCUCUACGGCAGGACUUCGGUACAUCAGCUGCUUUUAGCCACAAUAUUCCCAGGGACACUGGUCGCCCUCGUCCUCUGUUAAGCGCAACAAUCGGGAACCUGCAGAGUAGCGCUCAAACGAGCGCAGUUAAUGACGCCAUUAUCCUCCAGGGCCCUGGCAGCGGCCUCGUGCCUGACGCAGGCCAGCACAGAGGAAGUCUUCCUGCUGGGAGUUACUUUCCCCAAGGCUUUCACAGUGAUGUAGGUCCUCUUGUCGGCCAGGGUGUCCUCGGUGGUCCGGGUCCUCUUGUCGGCCAGGGUGUCCUCGGUGGUCCGGGUCCUCUUGUCGGCCAGAGUGUCCUCGGUGGUCCGGGCCCUCUUGUCGGCCAGGGUGUCCUCGGUGGUCCGGGUCCUCUUGUCGGUAGUGGUCCAGCUACCAUAUUCAGCGGUGGCAGGUUGGCCCAGGUGAACGUGCCUCUGGUCGCAGUGGGCAGCACUGGAUCUUCUGGAAGUGUUGUCAGACCUGUUGGCCUCCCUCAGGUCAGGAGGGUGGACGAUGUCUUCCACCCCACUGUCACCCAAGUUGUCACCAUCGACCGUUGCGUUACUGUCACCGACCAAGCCUUCAACAGCGUUGCAGUCACCCUAACUUCCUUCAGUGUGCAGACUGUCACCGUCGGAACACGCUCGGUGCUACAGACGCCUGUUGAUGACCGGGUCGCUCUUCAGACGUCUGUGUUUGUCCGGCCAACGUCAGUAACGUUAACGGAAGUGAAGUCUGACUUCAGGAUAGUGACAGAGACGUCGCUAAGCUACGUGACCCUCGGCCACACGUCAUACGUUAUCAACCAGUACACCUACACCACCACGGCCACCCAGGUGUUGACGUACACGGCGACGGUGGUACACACGAAUAUUAACACCAAGAGCACUACCUUCACCAACUACCGGACAGUGACGGACACCUUGUACGUUAACAGCGGCUACGGCUACCGUCCUCAAUAAGUACUGACGUGCGACGGGUUUUGUAUUGGAAUUUGAGGUGGUUAGUAAAAUAAAUUUUAGAAGUUUAA